UCAAAUCUUCACCAGAGAAGCAGAGCAAGACCUUGUUUGUUGUCCCUGACCUCCCCGUUAUCAAAAAUUUGUAAAUCCACACUAGUACGCAUCAACAUCCUGAUUCUAUUUUGCCAUCUCGUUCCCCCUUGUAAAUCUAAAUCCUGAAAACUAGCUUUUCAAACUGAACCUCACCAAAGAACGCAAGCCCCAAGCCGCGUCUAGAGCUAGAAGUAGCUUCUCCUCAACAAAAAAAUUACUCGCUAGCAGUCGACCUCGACGACCCGGACCCUCACUCGUCCCGCCUGGCGAGUCAUAUACAUUACAACGACGACGGUUGCAGCGAGCAACGACUUCGGUGUACUAGAAGCAGGGGUGGUAGAAGUUGCGUAACGACCAGAGCCUGUUCCAGGCCCAGGAGCUCCAAGCAAGAAGAAGACCGCCGGUAGUUUCACAAGAGAGGAAUGAAUCUAAAAGUCUUGAUCAAGAGCAAGCAAAAGAGGCGUCGAACAACGCGGGCUCAUUUGUAGAAGUAGAACAAGGUGGAGGAAAGCAAAUCCGUCGCAGUCAAGAACAACGAUCGGUGCUGGUCCCGCUCCCCAAGUAGAAGAAAAGCAACAUGUUGUCUCGCAACAAACCAUUAAAACUGGUCGCCGCCGUCGCUCUGGCCACGACGAGGGAGACAGCGGCAAUUGCGGCCUGGAUUCUCGGAGACGGCUCGUCUUCCACUGCUGGUGCGGGAGGGGAUGAAGACAGCAAAAACGAGCAGAACUCGUGGGUGGAUUGGGAGCACCUGAGGAAGCUUUUCUCCCUACCCCGGCCCCCGCAAGGCCACCGUCCAAAAUCGGCGAAAUUUCUCGCAUACCGAAUGCAAAAAAUAAAGUGAUGUGUCAUCUUGGUCUGGAAACAAGCAAGGUCUGACCUGAAAUGCCCUGUCUUGUGUAGUCCGUUUUCCUGUAGGAGCCGUAGAAUCUGUAUUGCUAUUGCAUAAAAUAAAUUGACAUCAAGAACAAAGACGAACAACACAGUUAUGCAGCACCACCGUAGGUUCUUUCACCAGUGUAAAAAGUAUGCUAAUGCGAAAGUGACAGCACGGCAGCUUGUCUUUGUCAUGCGCACGAGGGACGACGAAGACCCUGAGAAAGCGGAAAAACUGUGUCAACAAUCCUUCACCCGCACGUGGACAAAUUCAGCAUGAAAAGAACAAGCACCCUGCUUCUUGUAGUCCAGACCCAGACAACAUGUACAUCGUGUUUGCAAUGCAUAUCGUGCCCCGCGGCGAAAUGUGGGAGGAGGAUGAUGGAGAGGAUCUGGUGGUAUCCCUGCACGACGCAAACGAAGCCGCAAACCACGCUGGAACGACACAUGGCGCUCCCGACUCCUUUCUGGAAAAAGAAGAGGAGGAACAAGACACGUCUUCGGAUGGAGCAACGGGAACGGCAGCUACCGGAGGGCCGCGUCAAGAUCAACAUGACAUCUUCGCAGCUCCUGCAGCAAAGGAAACAGCAGCGCCCGCCCCUUUGCAAUUGCAAUUUCCGACACUGAAAAACAUGCUGAAGCUGGUUCCGCCACCGGUACCAAGAGAACUGAGCCCUGCUGCUGGGAGUUCAACAGAUGUUGGGGCGCCGCAAGAAGAAGAAGAGCCAUCUGGUGCAGCAGCUCCUUCCUCGUCGGGAAGCACUGCUGGUGGUGACUCCUUGCUUCAAACGCAUGAAAGAAUUGCGGGAACAAGUACUUCUGAAAAUCCCGGGGUUCCGGUGUCCGUUCCUCGUCCGGCAGAUGCAGAUGCUCCUGCUCCUGCAUUAUCGAUGCCCGGCCCUGGUCGUGACGAGCUGCCUUUUGAAUUUCCGACGCGAGAAGCAGGAAACAAAUUGGAGUUGAAUCGUCCACCACCUCCGCCGCAGGAAAGCGAAAGCACCAGUGCUGGAUCAACAUCUUCCUCGCCACAAAACGAGUACCCAGCCGGCCCUUCUCGGUCUGCCGUCGAGGAGGACUCUACCUUGCUACAAAAACAGGAAGAUAACACCAAGGCGCUUCAUGAUCAUCAUGAUCAACCUCCUGUGGUCGAGAGUGGCGCGGAGGUGGGCCCUGCAUCAUCGCCGCCCGCGCUCCUGCAAUUUCCGACCCCGGAAAGCAUGUUGAAGGUGAUGCCACCGCAAAAUGAAGAGAAAGGGGAACAACAAAACGACGAUCCACUACUUCACAGCACUUCUACAACAGCGGAAAAAAACGACUCCGCAGCUUCCGGAUCUUCUCCCAAAGACGCUGGAGGUGUGCAGUUGACGGGAGAGCAAGAGGACCACUUUCACGACUCUGGAUCACCAGCAACGAGGACGCCGCCAUCUUUAUUGCAGUUGCCUCCAGCUGCACCAGUUGUGGGGGCAGGCAAGUUGGGUCAGAUGCUCCACCCGGAGCAAGAGGUGGGGCGGGAAGCAGAGCAUCUUCAAAGCCCCCGUGCUCCACCCGGGGCGUCAACGCCGAGCGACCUUCGUUUUCCCGACGGCAGCGGAUCGCAAGAUGAUCAGGCCAGCAUUGACGAGGAGCUGGAAAACAAGGCAAAAAACUUUUCUAGGGAACUGCAUGGCGACCAGGAGGAACAAUUAUCGCAGCCGGAGCUCGCGCAAUCACCUGCUUCAGCUUCGUUCGCACAGCGAGCACCCUACGGCUCCGUCUCUUUCUUCGGCCGGCAGCCUGCCAGAAGCCAGAGCGCCCCGCCUCCGUCACGAAAUCCGCAUCCACAUGCACAUCCUCAGCAUGCUGGUCACGUUCUUGCCGCCGAGCAUGGUGGUUACUUUCUGGGCCAUCCUGCUCAGCAGGGUCAAGCUCUUGCUCAGCCCACCCUUCCCAGAGCUCAGUCCUCGCCGGGCGGAGCCACGUAUCAAGAAGAAAAAUCCCCUCUCCCCAUAUUAAGAAAACGGAAAUCUGUGACGCAGAUUUGUUGCCACGAAUCAACUUUAUCGCGCAGAAACGAAGCGGAGGCGCAUGCCAGGCCUGUUCAGGUUUCUAGCAGUCUAGUUCUUCAGCGUGAUAGAUGUUGCUGCUGAUGUAGACUAAAACGCAUCGCAGAUGGCCUGCGCAGUGUGUCGCUUCGCUCUUGCUUCCCAAGGACGUAUGCAACACAGCAGCACGGCUCGUGCACUACACAAAUCAGCAGCACAAGUUCCCUUGUGGUGUGUUUUCGAUAUGGGGGGGGGGCUUUUUUCACUUUGAUGCCACAUCCUCGAACAUAGUGCCAUAUCGCAGUGCCAGGCAGGAGCUUUUCUAUGUGGAAUUGGUGUAGUCAUGCGAUUAUAUCUACUGUGGACUACAGAAGCUGUCUCUACCAUUUCAUUGCCCGGCCGAGGCCUCCAUCUUCCUAGAUAUAAUUGCUACCAGAAGAGGACGUCUAGGGGCGUCGCUUUUCCUUUUUGCGAUCGCACAGGCCUGAAGAUGAAUAGCGUGCGCGACUAGAUGCACAGGGAGAGCAGACAGGCAAGGUGUCCACAUUUGGCCAUUAUGAACAAAUCUGCGUCUCUUGCUGUCGUUGUUUAGUGAAAGUGAAACUUUGCGGCCACGUCGCAUGUCGGAGGUGCCGGCUUUCAUGAAAUGUCGAAUAUGCUGCGUCGACAUAUCAUCUGCGUCUGCCAAAAAAAAAAAGGCUCCGGCCGGCGCUUUUAAGAAGUUUGCGGCUUCGGUCGCUGAAAAAGCUAAAACACCAGAGCAAGAGCUACAAUUCCACUCUGAGAGGUUCUGGUGAUCUGGGCUGUCUAUAUUAAAAGUUGGAUGAGCAACGUUGGCACCAACAUAGGGAGUGCCGUGACCAGUGUGCAAGCGGCAGUUACAUGUGCGGCAGAGUCUGUGAAGGCCGAUUUCAUGGAGUUCAAGGGUUUCGUGCUCAGAAACGAAGCAAAGUGGGAAGAUCAGGACGCGCAUGAUAACCUACAUGAUUGGGCCCUUACACGCUAUCCACCGCCGAGUAAGGAAGAAGUUGAGCGCUUUUCCUCGGCCGGCGUGUCGCCGCAUGGGCUCACGGAGAUCCGCGUCAAGCGUUGUGCGCUUAGUGGUGAUGCGGCGACGAGGCUCCUCGAGCAUUUUUAUGUCACCUUCACUCCAGUAGGCGGCGCCUUCGAGGACACGGGGAAUGCGAAUGGACAGAAUGGGAAGCGACGCGUCGUCGUCGCCGAGUUUGAGGCAGGGGGGUGGCAUGUGCAUGAGCCCGUGUCUUUGCUUAAAGCUGGGGACAGUCACCUAGAACCGUUCCCACAGCUUGCUAUCCCGAAUCUCAUUGCUCACGACCCAGAGCGCGUGGUCAUCUCCGAGUCGCCUAUAUGUAACAUCAAAGCUCGGGCAUUGGCGGAAAAACAUGUGGAACAAGAGUUCGAUUCCUACCUGGAACGCAUCAAGGUUUCGCCACCUGCCUCCUUUCCGUCAGGGUUUGUCCAACGCCUGACCGCUCACAACCAAAAAAAGUUUGAUUGCGAGAGCCUUGAGACGCAACUUGCCGAGCUCCAGACAAGGCUUCACAAACCAGAAAACUGGGUCUCUGUCGCGAAUAUUCACCUGCAGAAGCAGCUUGGACCAGAGAACUCUCACCGUCUUGCACCCGUGGAUCAGAAUGUAGUGGAAAUGCAAAACGGCGUUGCCAGGAUCAGUGCCGCCCUGGAACGCUGUCAGAAUGAAGUGAAGCAAUCCCGUUACGUCCUGCAGCAGCUUUGGACUUUCACGGACGAUUUCAAGUCCACGGCGUACAAAAAAAUACAAGAUGCGGUAGACGAGGCCGCAGAAGAGUUUACCACGGACUAUCUGCUGCUCGCAAAAGGCUUGCACAACGGGAAUAUUGAUAGCCUUGAGACCAAUCUCCGCGACGUAGUGACACAGCUCGGACGGGCGCGCGGCUUUAACGAGGGACUCGAUAGGCGCAUAAAAAAUCAUGGACGCGGGGAGGAGUCACAGUACCACUUGUUGAAGCACAACUGUCAGCACUUUACUAACGACUUGAUAAAUCUUUGGCGGACGUCAGAGCUGAUGUGGAACAUCAGCGUGCAAUCACGGGGUCUGAGCACCUUUGUGAGCCCCGCUUUGAUGCACGACAUGGGCGGGCGAGAAAGAGUUAUUUAUCAGCGGGGCGUAUCGGUCCUCAGAAGGUUGCAUCCAGAUACAAAACCCCUUGUCUGGAACAUCGGCGGCGAGAAUUUGCAGCUCUACCAGUGUGAUAUCGCGAGGAAAAACUGUUUCGCUGUGAACUUGUGAUGCAGAGCCAGAGCGUGCCAAACGACGCGAGUGUUUGUCUGCGGUAGAAAUGCAUCAGGACAUUUGAUUUUGUUUACGGUCACCUUAGGCCGUGGAGCCGCGUUUUUCCAUGGAAAGCAUGCAUGGCAGAUUUUCUUCGCCAUGUGGAGCAAAAUUGUUGUUGUGAAGAUGCUCGCCUUGCAAAAUCGUCACAGGGAAGCAGUUUUUGCGUGCGAUAUGUGCUCUAAAGAAGAAAAUAUGGCCAAGGGUCGAGCAGAUCCAUUCGGAAUUCCAAAAAGUUCGUGACCGUCUACAAAGGAAGGCUGAGCAGUAUUGGCAAAUUGCACAUGCACUGCAUGAGCUACACGACUUAGAGAAUGAAGGGCUGAAGCAAGCCGCAGACGCCCCUCCUGUGCAAGGUAGCGAACUCGAUUUUUGGCUCGGUGCGGCUACAGGUAGGACGGGUAACCGCCUGGACACAGAAGCCAGAACGACGAUGACCGAGCUCCAGAGUACAGACGAAACUGCGCGCUUGGCUGAGCGGAGCUAUCAGUCUCUUAUGGUGUUUUUCAACGGUCACCCCGGCGAUUGCCCCCGUCCUGCACCUACCGCCCUUUCCAAGGCGGACGGCCGCCCAAGUGUCGAAAGCCACUUCAACUCGCCCAAAGGAAAUGCGGACGUCGUUGUGGGGUUGCAUGAACGCGAACAUUAUGACAGCAGCAGGCACGACUCCGGAAUCCCUCACCAUGGAUCGGGGGAUGGGCGGCGGGGCCGCACUUCUGCAGCCGGCUCCGGUGCUGAUGUCGCUUCGCGCCACCAGUGGGUUCCGCGCGUCAAAGGGGAUGCGGGCUAUCUCGAUCGCGAUGGUCGCCCCGCAUCUGGCAGAACACCGCGUCCUCCUGGAACCCGCGCACAGCAUCCUUGGGAGGAGGCUUCUACUAGCGCGCAAGCAACGAUCCACCCGCGGCACGUCGAACAAGGCCGCGGCCAGCACGAGUUGUACCAUCACCACCUGCAUCCCGUUUCCGCAGGCGCGGAGCGAGGAACAACUGUUCGCCCUCCUGCCACGGCAAGGCCGCGUUCUCGUGGGCCAGCUCCUUCAUCAGUUGUUGGUGCGCCGCAGUUGAGCAGCCGCGCAGCUCAGCAGACGGUAAGGCCUCGCAGCCAACCGUCGGCAGUCCGUGCGGGGGGCGCUGGCACCCCGGCGCCGGACGGCUACCUGGCGCAGGUCCCCUCACGUGGGCGCGACCCCUCUGAUCAGGGCCCUCGCGGGGGCGCCAGCCGAAGAGACCCCGCUCAGCCACCCGGGUACCGGCGGCGGGGUCCUGUCCCUGUGUCGGCGCCAGAAGUUCCAGUCCCGCGCAGCAACGAUCAACGAACCCCUUCCGGUGGGCGCGAUGCAUUGCAAAAAGCAGAGCAAACAGAGCAACGGUUGCGCUCUUUCAAAGCUGGUCGUGGAGGAGGUUGAACCUCCUCCACGACCAUGACCGAUCGCAGAACGGCAAAAGGAGCGUGAAUGCUACUAGUUCCGCCCGCCUGGUGGGCGCACGCAUCAGAUGAAACCCACCCUCUUCGGCCCAACGAAAGUGUGCGCUGCACUGUCAUUUUCCAGGUCUCCGUUUCUACAAAUUGUAUGAGUUUGAGUUUCAUGUUUAUCGACUUUGAACAUUACGACCUUUCCGAUAUACAGCCGUUUACUUCUACAGCCUACUCUUCUCAAUCUAGCUUUGUGUUAUUCUGAAAAAUACAUUUAUUAUUUUCAUAAAGUAAUACCCUUUUUUGUCUUUUACUUUUGCGAAACCAUCGGACUGAAUAGAUUUUUGCAGAUGCAUUUCCCGCUUCGAACGUGAAGUAAGUGUCUCAUGAUUUCACAGUAAUACAAAAGCCCACUGAACUGUAUUGGAUAGAAAGAAAGGACAAGCAUUUCUCUUCACCUUCCUAUGAUCGGGAUGUUCCACUCUUUAGGAGCUACUCAGCAAUAGAAUAUGGGUGGGAAAUAAACUCUCACAAUGCGCCAAAUGCCACGUCACAUGAUCAGAGUGGCGGUAAUAAACAGGCCGACGCGAGGAUGAAGCUAAUUGCUUCUUGUCGUGCCUCUAUUUAUCGGUUUCUUUUGACGAGUCGGCAGCGCAAGUGCUUUAGGAGAGACGAGUUCAUCUUGCUGAUGAUGCACGUGCAAGGACUGGGUCCUGCUCUUAUAAUGAGUCUACUGAGCGAAAG